CGCCGGGCCGCCGCCGGUUGUUGUCUCUCCGAGGCGCGAGCCGGAGGCGCCCUUGCUCGCCCGCGGAGGAGCCGAGAAGCCGCGCCGCUCCCCGCGCUGACCGGCAGCCGAAUAGACGCUCCGUCCCCACCCCCUUCUCCGCGGCUGGGAACGGGCCGAGGAGGGAGCGGCGUGCGGCAUCCUCCGCAUUGUGCGAGCUGCGGGGGAACGGCGCGGAGGUGCGGCCGCGGGGCUCCCCGGCGCCGCCGUUAGCCGCGAGCCGCCGAGCAGCGAGGGAUGCUUUUGUGUGCAACGGCGGGCAGCGGCGGAGCCGGCGGGUGCCAUCGCGGGGCGAGCGGGCGCAGCCCUCCCGGAGCGAGCGGCCGGGUGCGAUGCUGAAUUAGGCUCGUGUAGCCCCAGGGAGGGCAGCGGUCCCCAUGGCGAGCAGCCGGAGCAUCGAGCUGGAGCACUUCGACGAGCGGGACAAGAGGCAGCAGCGCGCCGGGCCGCGGCGCGGAGGAUCGGGCUCGGGCGGCGGCGCGGGGCCGCGGGGCAACGGGCUGAUCCCCAGCCCCGCGCACAGCGCCCACUGCAGCCUCUACCGCACGCGGACUCUGCAGGCGCUCAGCUCGGAGAAGAAAGCGCGCAAAGCCCGAUUCUACCGCAAUGGGGACAAGUACUUCAAGGGCUUGGUGUAUGCCAUCUCCAGCGACCGCUUUCGCUCCUUUGACGCUCUCCUCGCAGAGCUCACCCGCUCCCUGUCGGAUAACGUGAACCUGCCCCAGGGCGUUCGCACCAUCUACACCAUCGACGGCAGCAAGAAGCUCUCCAGCCUGGACGAGCUGCUGGAAGGUGAAAGUUAUGUAUGUGCAUCAAACGAACCAUAUCGGAAAGUUGAUUAUACCAAGAAUGUCAAUCCAAACUGGUGUGUGAACAUAAGGACCGGGUCCACUCGAUCCCUGACAUCUUUGUCCUCCACAAAGAGCGAAGUGAAGGAGAGUAAAGAUUUCAUUAAACCCAAAUUGGUGACUGUUAUUAGGAGUGGAGUAAAACCACGAAAAGCUGUGAGAAUUCUACUGAAUAAGAAGACUGCUCACUCUUUUGAACAGGUCUUGACUGACAUCACUGAAGCCAUUAAGUUAGAUUCAGGUGUAGUCAAGAGACUCUGUACUCUGGAUGGAAAGCAGGUUACGUGCUUGCAGGACUUCUUCGGAGAUGAUGAUGUCUUCAUUGCAUGUGGACCUGAAAAAUAUCGGUACGCUCAGGAUGACUUCGUUUUGGAUCACAGUGAAUGCCGUGUUAUGAAAUCAUCUUACUCCCGAUCAUCUGGCAUGAGGUAUUCUGGGUCCAAAAGUCCAGGACCUUCACGUCGAAGCAAAUCACCUGCAUCAGUUAAGAGGAGUGGCCACUACUCCAGUGCUCAUUCUUCAGCAAAAUCCCCAGUUAAUGGAACCCCAAGCAGCCAAUUAUCCACUCCAAAAUCUACAAAGUCCUCCAGUUCUUCACCAACAAGCCCAGGCAGCUUUCGUGGACUCAAGAUCUCUCCUCAUGGUGGAUCCUCAUCCAAUGUGAAUGGUGUACCUGAAUCACUCCGUUGCCAGAGUCCUGAAGGUGUGAAUGGAAACAAGUGCUCAGGGUCAUCCACCAUUCUUGAGAAGUAUAAAGUCGGAAAGGUGAUUGGUGAUGGCAAUUUUGCUGUUGUGAAGGAGUGCAUAGAACGAUCCACAGGAAAGGAGUUUGCGCUGAAGAUUAUAGACAAGGCUAAAUGCUGUGGAAAGGAACACCUGAUUGAAAAUGAAGUGUCUAUUCUACGUCGAGUGAAGCAUCCAAAUAUCAUUAUGCUGAUAGAGGAAAUGGACACUCCAACAGAACUCUAUCUGGUGAUGGAGCUGGUCAAGGGAGGGGAUCUAUUUGAUGCCAUCACUUCUUCUACAAAAUACACAGAGCGGGAUGGGAGUGCAAUGGUCUACAAUCUGGCCAGCGCACUCAAGUACCUUCAUGGUCUCAACAUUGUGCACAGAGACAUCAAGCCAGAAAAUCUCUUGGUAUGUGAGUAUGCAGAUGGAACCAAAUCUUUGAAGCUGGGAGACUUCGGACUGGCAACUGUGGUUGAAGGACCUUUAUAUACUGUCUGUGGUACACCCACAUACGUGGCUCCAGAAAUCAUUGCAGAAACAGGAUACGGCUUAAAGGUGGAUAUUUGGGCUGCAGGCGUGAUCACAUACAUACUGUUAUGUGGAUUUCCACCUUUUCGCAGUGAAAACAACCUUCAGGAAGACCUAUUCGAUCAGAUACUUGUUGGGAAGCUGGAAUUUCCUUCACCCUACUGGGAUAACAUCACAGAUUCAGCAAAGGAGUUAAUUAGCCUGAUGCUACAUGUGAAUACUGAAGCCCGAUACACAGCAGCACAGAUCUUAAGCCAUCCCUGGGUGUCAGAUGACACUUCCCAGGAGAAUAAUAUGCAAGCUGAAGUAACAGGUAAACUGAAGCAGCACUUUAACAACACCCUACCCAAGCAAAAUAAUACAUCUGCUGGGGUUUCUGUCAUCAUGAACACAGCUCUAGAUAAAGAGAGUCAGAUUUUCUGCAGCAAGCGCUGUCAGGACUCCAGUACAGCUGGAAUGGAGAAAACUUCUGCAAUUACUGCUGCAGCUGCUGACCCACGUGCAGCCGGGUCUGAGACCCUCCUCCCUGCUGCUUCUGAGCCAGUCAGAUCCCCCACGCUCCCCACCUCAGCGUCUCCUGAGUUAGCUGGGGAGCAGCCUGGUGCGUAGGACUGACUAAACCAAAUCCACCCGAACGCCCCUGCGCUCUUCCCACGGUUUCUCUUCAUUUCACAUGACAGUUUGUUUUCAGUUUUCUUGCACCCUCCUGUGGCGAGCCCAGAGCAGGCUCUGCCACAAGAGACUGAACUUCUAAAGCGGGUGAGUAAAUGUGGUGUUUUGAGUGACUUUGCCAUCAGCAGUAGGGGGAAAAGAUUCUGGUAAUGUUAGAUGAUUUUUAACUUAUCUGUGUUAGUUUCAUUUCCUGCAUUCGCACAGUCUUGGGCUCUAAGUAGACUAACUUAAUGUGUAGCUAAACGCAGAGGCACCUGUGAUGAUGAAGGACUGCCUGGCCUGGCUUCUACAUGAGGGCCCCAAUGUGUUCAGAUGAGGAUACUCAGAAAAUCAGGAGAGGAAGACAAGGAAAGAAAAGUUCGAUUCACCUUCUAUUCUGAUGCCUCCAUUUUUAGGCAAGGGCCUACCAGACUUGAGGAGGCAUAUUUUCACACACACGCGUAAAAAUAAACAAACACAUAAAAUGUAGUGAACUAACUGUAAAAUACUGUGAGGAGAUACAAGGAAGAAUGAUUUUUUUUUUGCAUAAAGUUUGUUAUCAGACUUGCAGGCUGCAGGGUAGUGUUUUAGCUAAUUUGAAUUUAAAUAAAGGGACUUUGGAUGUAAACACGAGCAUUGGACAUUUAUUUGUAAUGAAAACCAGAGUUGAGGAAGGCCAUUUUCUAUCCUCAUCACAAAUAUCACAUCCGCACCUUUCUCCAGAGUCAGUCUACAUAUUAGAUACAAUAAAAUGACUUCAGGCCUGCAAACAGAACGCCUGCUGCGUGCUAAGCUAGGAUGGCCAGAGCAGCUUUUAGUUCUAGUGAGAGCUGACAGGAGCUACUCCAAGCAGCUGCCAUCAGUAGCUAGCAGCAGUCUGUCAGCACUAUUGCCCCCAUUCACCUGGUGCAGGCACUGGAAACAUGGACAGGGGAGCAGACAUCCUUAAUCUGCCGUCAUGGAUAGAGGAGGUUUUAUCUUUACCAUACUGCUUAGUUCAAUAUUGUAUGUAUUCGGCUUAUUCUUUUCCUUUGCUCGUUCUUUUGAAUUGGACAUAGGUCAUUUUCUUUCUUAGCUAUACUUUCUACUAGAAUUGUAAAAAAAAGACCUGCAAUAAACUUUCUUCAUUAAAAAA